AUGCCUCCGUAUAACGUGAAGAUCAAGAAUGCUGGAAAGACGUACGAUGUGGUGCUUGACACAGAUCGGACUCCAGCGGAUUUCAAGGAGGAGAUCUACCAGAAAACAGGCAUUCCCACCGAUCGCAUGAAGGUCAUGAUCAAGGGUGGUAUGCUCAAGGACGAGACAGACUGGAAGAAGGUUGCGCCCAAGAACGGUACGACAUUCAUGGUGAUCGGUACGGCUGGGGAACUACCUAAGCCUCCUGCGCUUCCUGUCAAGUUCUUGGAAGACAUGGAUGACGCAGAGCUUGCCAAUGCACUUAACAUCCCGACUGGCAUGGUGAACUUGGGUAACACAUGCUACAUGAGCGCAACCAUUCAGGCAAUGAAUGCCAUCCCUGAACUGCAAUUAGCACUCCAAGCCGCGAAACCGGUCGCUUCCUUGCCCAGAGCCCUCACUGAACUCUUCACUACUAUGUCACGGACAACGGAUAGUGUUACUCCGUCGGCUUUCCUUACCUUCUUGCGUCAAGCCCAGCCUCAAUUCGCAGAGCGCGCAAGAAACAGCAUGAUCUUCGCUCAGCAAGAUGCCGAGGAGUGUUGGUCUAGGAUAUUAGAGUCUCUUCGUGACAUACCCGCUGUACCUGGACCCGCCGGUGCACCAAAACCUCAGGACAAGUUCGUGGAGUCGUUCAUGUCCGGCACUAUAGUGCGCGAACUCAAGUGUGCGGAAGCACCGGAGGAGGAGCCUACCGUCAGCACAGAGCGCGUUUACAAGUUAGAAUGCAACAUCAACGCAAACACCAACUACAUGCACUCCGGCAUCUCAGACGCACUCACCCAAACUAUCGUCAAGCGCUCACCAACACUCGGACGCGACGCCGACUACGCCAUGCGCUCACGCUUCGCACGCUUGCCGACGUACUUGACGGUACACAUGGUCCGCUUCACCUGGCGCCAGGACAUCAACAAGAAGGCAAAGAUCAUGCGGCAAGUCAAGUUCCCGACCGAGUACGACGCAGUGGAGCUCGCGACGGACGGUCUGAAGGAGAAACUACGGCCCGUAUCGCGCCGUCUACUCGAGAUCGAGAAGGAGCGUCGCGAGAGGACCAAAGUCCGCAAGCGGACGAAGGCACGCGCGGACGCGAUUGCCGCUGCUGCACCCGCCGCAUCAGCGGGUGAGGCGCCUAUGGAGGUCGACGAAGCCACAGCGCCUGCUGCGGAAGUCGAAGGCGGCGAGCUCAAGGAGGAGUCGUUCUACCGUGAUCAGGAGCGCAAGGAGCUCGAGUCGCUCGUUGAUCCAGAGAUCAAGGCCGACUUUGGCGCGAGCCAGACCGGCCUGUACGAUCUCGUUGCUAUCAUCACGCACAAGGGCGCUGCGGCGGACGCUGGACACUACAUCGCGUUCGUCAAGAAGUCCGUCUUCCAUCCCAAGACCAUCAAGGCACCUGAGCCUGGCGACGCUGAGGCCGGUUCAAGCACAACCCUUCCUGGUCGUGGCGGCGCGCUCGACGAGGACGAUGAGGACUGGUACAAGUUCGACGAUGAGAAGGUGUCGCAUUUCCCCGCAGAGAAACUGCAGACGCUUUCGGGUGGAGGCGAGGACGCGAGCGCAUACGUGCUACUGUACCGCACCAAGGAGCUCGCGUAG